GCCCACAGUAGAGAGUUAUAGCGAGCGCGAGAGUGAUAAAGACGAUGUCUUUUCUUGUCAAAAAGGUGUAAACCUAGCUCUCUCUCUCAAAAUUCUAUCGUAAAUCGCUCUGAUUUAUUUUUCUCCUUUUUUAUCUUCAAAAUUCAAGAUUAGGGUUUCGUUGGAGCUUGAUUGAUUGGGAUAGAGAGAGAUUUGAUUUUAGGGGGGUGGUUUAGUAGGAGGUGUUGUUGAGAGCCAAUGCAAUUGGUUUGGUUGAUAUUUGGAGUAGCGAACAAGAGUGAACUCCAUGUCGUGGGCUGGCCCAGAAGAUAUCUUCCUCUCCACUUCGCUUGCUAGCUAUCUUGAUAAAAAGCUCAUUGUCUUGCUUCGAGAUGGUAGAAAACUCUUGGGGUUGCUGAGGUCUUUUGAUCAAUUUGCGAAUGUUGUUCUUGAAGGUGCAUGCGAACGAGUUAUUGUUGGUGACCUUUACUGCGACAUCACCUUAGGCCUCUAUGUAAUCCGUGGGGAGAAUGUUGUCUUGAUUGGAGAGCUGGAACUUGAUAAGGAAGAACUUCCUCCACACAUGACUUGUGUGUCAGCUGCAGAGAUUAAGAGGGCUCAAAAGGCUGAACAGGAUGCUAUGGCUCUGAAGGGCUCCAUGAGGAAAAGAAUGGAAUUCCUGGAUUUUGAUUAAUGUCUCCUUUUGUUAUGUUAUGGCUCUGCUGUGUCCGCAAAUAUUUAUGCGGCAAUGAUCCAGUAAGGGUAGAUUGGAGUAAGAACUCAGGUUCUCAGUUUCUUCCUCUUGCUGAUGGAGCAACCUAGUAAUCCAGUGACAGUGCUGAGGACCUAUUUUGACGAGGCUGAGAGUGAGUUUAUUUUUUGGGCUCUUCAAGGCAGGGAGAAUGGUUUCAUUAUCUGUGUAGAAUGAGGAGUAAGUUGAUAUGUGCAAAACAUAUUUUGGGUAGUUCAGAUUUAGUUACACUGAUAAUGCUUUGUCGCCUCCUGUUUAAUCUCAUUCCCUUCCCCUCGUCAGUAAUCUUCCUUUCCAUUGAACACGAGUUGAAAUUGCUGUCGUUUGAUGCUUUGGUGCCUCAUUUUGUAACGGCACUUUCCCGUUCACUUUAUUUUGUAAUGUCAUUAUGCAAUCCACAUGACAUUAACUGGUAGAAGGUUAAUGAUUUUGCUUCUUCAA